AUGGCAUUCGGGGAGGUUGUAUGUGGUUCGCCUGGCAGCGGCAAGUCCACAUAUUGCUAUGGCAAGUACCAACUGUUCGGUGCUCUCAAUCGUCCCAUUGCUGUCGUCAAUUUGGAUCCUGCAAACGAGAACAUCCCAUAUCCAUGCGCAAUUGAUAUAUUUUCUCUCAUUACGCUCGAGGAUGCCAUGAAUGACCAGGGCCUUGGACCCAAUGGUGGCAUGCUAUAUUGCAUGGAAUACCUAGAAGCCAACUAUGACUGGCUAGAGGAGCGGCUGAAGGAACUGGGAAAGGACGCAUACGUGCUGUUUGAUCUUCCUGGACAGGUGGAACUGAGCACAAAUCACGACAGUGUGAAGAACAUCGUGCACAAGCUGACCAAGAGUGGCUUUCGGUUAGCUGCGGUCCAUCUGUGCGAUGCGCACUACGUGACCGAUGCAUCGAAGUACAUCUCAGUGCUCAUGUUAUCCCUGCGGGCAAUGCUUCAUCUCGAGUUGCCUCACAUUAACGUGUUGUCGAAGGUCGACCUGAUUAAACAGUACGGCGAUCUCGAUUUCAACCUGGAUUUUUACACAGAGGUACAAGAUCUAUCCUAUCUUGAGAAUUCCCUAUCAUCAUCCUCCCCGCGGUACACUGCCCUGAACAUGGCGAUAUGUUCGCUGAUCGAAGACUAUGGGCUCGUAGGCUUUGAAACUUUGGCGGUAGAGGAUAAAGAGUCCAUGCUGCAUCUCAUGCGUGUCAUCGACAAAGCCACAGGGUGUGUCUUCGUUCCAUCGGCAGGCGCCCAACAGCCUGAGGGCACAGUGGAAGCGACAGAUGCACCAUCAGCCCUGCGGCCUAAUGCAUACGCGCUUUUCACCACUGCUGCUGGACCUCCGCGCGGUCCACGGAGCGACGUGCGCGAUGUCCAGGAGAGAUGGGUGGAUGCUAGAGAGGAGUGGGAUGCGUGGGAGAAGGCACAGUGGAGACGAGAAGGACAGUUGGUACAGGAAGCGGCGAAGAAGAGUAAAAUAAGGGAGAGAAACCCCAAGGACAAAACAUAG